AUGGGAUUAUUGAGCAGCAACCUAUGUGUUUUAUGUACCAAUAGUCAGCUGGAGAUGUGCAAACAUUUGUUCUUUGAAUGCCAGUUUUCUAGUGAUGUCUGGAAUAAGGCUAUGAACUGGAUGAACUUCUCUUGGAAAUAUUGUGACUGGGAUCAAAUUACUGACUGGUAUAGUUCCAGGCUUAAAGGAAAAGGUCUCACACAGAAAGUGAAGAGAAUGCUUCUCUCGACAACAGUAUACUUCAUAUGGCAAGAGAGGAAUUCGAGAAUCUUUCAACGAAAAGCUAGGGGACCUGAAGAUUCUUUAACUGGUGUUCUUGAUGUAACACAAACUUACAAAUUUGGAAGAAAUUACCUAUGCUGUUUGAUUCUUCUGGUGCUUUCUAUGAAAUUUUCUCAAGCAAUUAACUUCUUGCAGAACCGGCUGCUUGCAAUGAACUAUAUAAAUGAGGGCUCUGAUGAUAAGCUUUUUGAGGCUCACAGGGAAUGGGGAAUGCGAUUUAUGAAGCUAUACCCUCAAUAUACCAGUUGGGAUAAUCCUAAAGAUAUGGAACGCCCAUUAGUAAUUGGAUAUGUGUCACCUGAUUAUAUUACUCACUCUGUAUCAUAUUUCAUUGAAGCACCUCUCUUUUUCCAUGAUUACACAAAUUACAAGGUGAUUGUGUACUCUGGUGUUGUAAAGGCAGAUGCCAAAACCCAUAAAUUCAAGGACAGGGUGCUGAAAAAAGGAGGGCUAUGGAGGGAUAUAUAUGGGAUUGAUGAGAAGAAGGUUGCUAGCAUGGUUAGGGAGGAUAAAGUUGACAUACUGGUGGAGCUUACUGGUCACACUGCAAAUAACAAGCUAGGGAUGAUGGCCUGCAGGCCUGCUCCCAUCCAGGCAACAUGGAUUGGUUACCCAAAUACAACCGGUCUGCCAACAAUUGAUUAUAGAAUCACAGAUGCACUGGCUGAUCCCCUUGACACAAAGCAGAAGCAUGUUGAGGAGUUGGUUCGUUUGCCUAAAUGUUUUCUCUGUUAUACGCCUUCGCCGGAUGCUGGUCCUGUUUGUCCCACACCAGCUCUUUCUAAUGGUUUUAUUACUUUUGGGAGCUUCAAUAAUUUGGCAAAGAUAACGCCAAAAGUAUUAAAAGUUUGGGCAAGGAUAUUAUGUGCUGUUCCUAACUCCCGGCUUGUUGUCAAGUGUAAGCCUUUCUGUUCUGAUAGUGUAAGACAGAGAUUUCUUUCAAUUUUGGAGCAAUUAGGACUGGAGCCGCUACGUGUUGAUCUUCUGCCUCUAAUUCUUCUCAACCAUGACCAUAUGCAAGCAUAUUCACUAAUGGAUAUCAGGUAGAUAGCUGAAUCUUUUUUUUUUGUCCCCAUCAACUGUCUCG